UGUCCACUGUUUGACCAGUUAACGGCUAUACUGAGGGGGAAAAGGGUGAAACAGAGUAAUGAAAAACUCAACAGGGAACGAGAAUAGCAUGCUGGCCUAAGAAGAUGGGUGUCGAAACUGACCUGUCAUGAAUUUCAAUCACAACAGAGAGACGAAUAAGAAACUUGUUCAGUGCUUGGCACAGUGUAAUCGAGGCAUCUUGAAGUCGACGAGUCGUUACGGAAUUAGUGUACUGGACAUCUGGGAUUUAGAUCGACAGAACCAACACAGUGUUUUCUCUUUCAAGCAAAGCUGCACGCAGAUCAUUGCUUGACUUACUGGUACAUGCGGAAAAUUGCCAAGUCAGCUAGCCUGCUGAGGUCCCAGUUGGCAUGUCAAGAAUUCCGUCACAGAAUAUACUUGUCAAAUCAGACCUCGCGAAGAACUGCGUAACAUGUCAAGGUUCUUUACGAUUUACGAUGUGCGUUGAUUAGAUACAUUAAAAUUGUAUUUUCAUUCUCUUAACUGAACCCUUAGUUCCAAAUCAGUUAGAAAACUCGUGUUGGGAAGGAGUGGAGAAUCACUGUCCAGUGACUGAUAUCAUGGCUGGAAUAGACGCUCCAGUAUCACUAUUCUCUUCCUCCUUAUAAACUGAACACCGUGUUACUCAGUUGCGUAGUGGUACAAUACUGCGUGUACAAGAUUCUAUGACCCGAUCAGUUUAUUCUCAGUUAGAUUCAGUGGAAUCGCUAAUUAACCAGCUUCCCUAUAUGUUUUAUCUCGGCCUGUUUUUUGUCAAUGUUCUAAUCCUCUACUAUGCCUUUUUAAUGGAAUACAUAGUGCUUAAUGUCGGAAUAGUCUUUCUUCCGGAGGAUAUGGACCAAGCCCUGGUGGAUUUGGGCGUGCUCUCCGACCCAGCCUCUGUCCCAUAUGAAACGGACACAGAAUUAGAUGUUUUUGAGGGAUAUCUGGAAUGA